AUGUCUGACGUGGAGCAUAGUCAGAGUGAGGAUGAUCAGGAGAGCAAUGGGGGAAAGACGCCAACCCCUUCAGUCCAUCAAUCAGAUCAUGGAGCGGAUAUGGAGCAGACACAAUUUGAGCUGCUCUUGACACUACAAUUUCAAUUAAAGGAUCGUCUAAGGGAUACCCUCACCACUAUCCAAGGGUACACGGUAGAUAUGGUCACACCGGAACGGCUGAAGGGGAGGGAGAGAAUCAUCGAGACACACUAUGGGGAGUUCCGAUCCAACCAUGUGAACAUCAUCAAGGCAUACCCAUCACACAUGGCUAAAUCGGAUUACAUCACGCUCGACACCUACGGAGAAGUCAUGGAGAUUUACGAAAUAGCGAUAGGGGCAAUCGCAUCGUUACAAGCUCAGAUCAGGAAGAUCAAGGUCGAGCAAGAGGACAGCAACAAGGACUAUCUAUCUCAGCUGGAUAUCAAGGUCUUCGAUGGGAAAUUUGAGGAGUGGAAAACGUUUGAAGAUGUCUUCACCUCAAUCGUCAAAUCCAGACCAAAGGUGGGAGCUGUUCAGCAGAUGAUCAGACUCCAGAACGUACUCAAAGGGGAACCAUACAAUAUGAUCUCGAAUCUACAGGUCUCAGCAGAGAAUUUCGAGAUCGCCUGGAAAAAGCUCAAGAGUCAUUACGACAAUCCUAGGCUAAUCAUCUCGGCUCAUAUCGAUCACAUCUUGGAUCUCAAGCCAAUCAAUGAGAAAUCAGCGAAAGGCUUAUCAAACUUGGUUCAUCAGGUCAAUCAAGCUUUGGAUGCAUUGCAAACUCUUGGUGCUCCGGUGGAACAUUGGGAUAUGAUUGUAUCAAUAGUAAUCAGAAGGGUCAUCGAUCCCGACACCAAGAAGGCUUGGGAAGUACAUCUGGGAUCGGAAAGGAAUCGCCGUCCUCUCAAGGACUUCCUCGAGCUUCUGAAGGCCAGAGCUCGAGCCUUGGAGAACGUAGAGAGGGAAGAUCCGGUGAGGACAUCGAAGGUCAACAUCUCGGCUAAGAACUCUAUCUCGCAGAAGGCCAUGGGGAAAUCAUCAAUCUACACCUAUCAGGCAUCAGGGAAUUCAUCAAACACCGACAAGUCAUCAGGGCAAUCAUCAUCAGGGCCUUCUUGUCGACACUGUGACGGUUCACACUGGCUAGGGUUCAAGUGUGACAAGUUCAUGGCUAAGACUCCACUGGAACGCAGGAAAUUCAUCACCAACAGUAAGUUGUGUUAUAAUUGCUUUGGUCCUCAUCGGGCGGAUCUCUGCAAAGACACACGUCAUUGCCAGAAAUGCAAGGGCCCACAUCACACAUUGAUUCAUGAUGGGUCCUUCGAACAUCGCCAGGAAUUGGAAAGACAGAAGAGUCGACCAUCAGCUUCAGCAAUCGAGGAAAACCAGGGAGAUCACGGAGCAUCCGGAUCGAGAGGUUCAUCAUCAACAUCAUCAUCACCGAGUUCAACGGAGACAGAGAGAAUUUACGACUCUCUCAACUCUUCAGAGAUAUUACAGGGGAGUGAAUCAACAUCAAAGGCAUCGGGAUCAAUUGAGAGCUCAAUUGGUCAUCUUCAAGUAUCAGCAACAUCAUUGGCGAAAUCAGAGACAUCGGGGUCGUCCUCUGACAUCAAGGUCACACAUCAAUCAUCAUCGAAUUCAGCGAGUCAACGGGUUGUGCUGUUGGCAACAGCUAAAGCACUUGCAUCAACAUCAACAGGUUCUCAUCAUAUGGUCAGGCUUCUGAUUGAUCAGGAAUCAGAGGUCACAUUCAUCACUGAUCAAAUGGUACAACUUCUUCGUCUUCGUCGAUCAUCAUCACAUCUCAGGGUCUUUGGAAUAGGAGGCCUGGAGUCAGGGUGGACUCGUGGAGCAGUAAAGGUCAAGCUUCAAUCUCGGUUCAACGAUCAAAAUCAGAUCGAAAUCACUGCCCACAUCCUGGCCAAGCUCACAUCAACAUUACCAUCAAUUCACUGUGCAAAGGAAGAGGCAAAUCAUCUUCAACAUCUUCAAUUGGCGGAUAACAACUAUCUUAAACCUGGUCCUAUCGACAUCAUAAUCGGGGCUGAUCAUUAUGGUCAAAUCAUUGGGCAUGAGGUUAUCAAAUCUCCGGAUAAUCAACUUGUUGCGCAACAAACCAUCUUUGGCUGGAUAGUUUCUGGGACGGUCUGCUGUACAGACUGCAAGCCGAAGUCUUCUCUAACUGCAGUACGAGAAUCUCCGACUGAGCAACUGUUGGAUCUUCUUAAGAAAUUCUGGGUCCAGGAGGAACUUUCAUCAUCUAAGGAAAUUAUUCUCAAUCAAGACGAUCAGGAGUGUGAAUUACACUUCAGGAACACACAUUCAAGAGACAGUGAGGGACGGUACGUAGUACGCCUCCCACUCAAAACAUCACUAUCAGCAUUGGGAGAGUCUAGGAGACAUGCUCUACAAUUGUUAAAUCGAACGGCGAAGAAACUGGAAUCAAAUCAAGAGUAUGGGAAACUCUACAAGGACUUCAUCAGGGAAUAUGAGGAUCUGGGACACAUGAGACGUGUCUCAGAGGAAUCAGAACCAUCAGUGAGCUACUAUCUGCCUCAUCACGGUGUCUUAAGGGAAGACAGCACCACCACAAAACUCAGGGUGGUCUUCAACGGUUCCAGCAAGACAACAUCAGGAGUGUCACUCAAUGACAUACUUCAUGCAGGAGGAAAACUGCAAACGGAAGGCUCAGACGUUCUCAUCUGGUUGAGAACUUUUCGGUUAAUCGUCGGAACGGACAUUGUGAAGAUGUUCCGUCAAAUCAAGGUUCAUCAAGAAGACUGGGAUCUUGAAAGAAUCCUAUGGAAGGAUGAGGAGGGGAAAAUCAUCACAUAUCAAUUGACAACGGUGACGUAUGGGCAAACGUGUGCGCCAUGGUUGGCUCUACGAGUUCUUCAACAACUAGUGGAGGACGAGGGACAUCAAUAUCCACUGGCGGCUGUCUCUCUAACCAAAGGGAGAUAUGUCGAUGAUAUCUAUGGGGGAGCUGAUUCUGAGGAACAGCUCAAGGAACUCAUCAAUCAGCUCAUCAAUCUUUGCAUGGCGGGCGGCAUGCCACUGCAAAAAUGGAUCUCGAAUCAACAAGGAAUCCUACAGGAUCUUCAAUUAUCAACAAAAUCAACAUCGGCGGUAGAAUUCGAGGACAAGACGGUCAAAGUAUUGGGACUGUGCUGGAACCCUCAUUCAGACGGCUUCAUCUAUAAAUCAAGGAAGCCAUCAACGGAACAAAUCAACAAAAGGACAAUCCUCUCAGAGAUCGCCCAGAUUUACGAUCCUCUGGGACUCAUCGGACCGGUCAUCAUCAGGGCUAAAAUCUUCAUCCAAGAGCUGUGGCUUCUCAAAAUUGGUUGGGAUGAUCCACUGCCCUUGAGUCACAUCAAACGUUGGAAAGAAUUCAGGGAGGAAUUCUCAAAUCUGGAUCAAAUAUCAAUCCCACGGUGGCUUCAAACAUCAUCGACUUCAAGCAACAUCCAACUUCAUGGGUUUGCUGACGCAUCGAAUCAGGCAAUGGGUGCCGCAGUAUACAUCAGAGUGGACAAUCAUCAAUCUGAGCCAUCAAUCAUCUUGGUGAGUGCAAAAACCAAGGUCGCACCACUUAAGAAAAUGACAAUUCCUCGCUUGGAAUUGACAGCUGCUGUCAUCUUAACCAAUCUGGUAAUCUACAUCAGGAAGAUGCUGGAGAAAGAGAAUCUACAACUCUUUCUUUGGUCUGACUCCACGGUGGCGCUCACAUGGAUCAAUGGACACCCAUCAAGGUGGAAGGAUUUUGUUCAGAAUCGAGUGAUCAAAAUCCAGAACUCAUUACCAGCAGCUGAAUGGAAACAUAUCAGGGGAGUCGAGAACCCAGCAGACUGUGCAUCACGGGGAUUAUCACCAGAUCAACUUGUAAAUCAUCAGCUGUGGUGGAAUGGUCCAUCAUGGCUGAAAUAA